AUGCGCUCGGCGAUGCGCGGCGGCGUGGCCGUGCGGCGGUGGAGCGGGCUGGGGCGGGCUCGGGGAAAAAAGGCGGGGCGGGCAGCCGGGCUGGAGGCUCGAGCACACCAGUGCGACAUGUCAGCAAAGGCGAUCCACACGUCGACAACGGAGCUGGAGCGGGCGAUCGACCGGCAGCAGGACGAGGUGCGGGCUGCCGCGGCGGCGGACGAGGAGCAGUACUUCCUGAUGAACCCCGCGCCGGCGUAUCUGGACGAGCUGGUGGCGCGGGCGAAGGCGUUUGUGCAGCGGCAGCGGGCGCUCGGGCGCUCGCGGAUCGUGCUGGUGACUUCGGGGGGGACGACGGUGCCGCUGGAGAACAACACGGUGCGGUUCAUCGACAACUUCUCUGCGGGGACACGGGGGGCGUCGAGCGCGGAGCAGUUUUUGGCGCGGGGGUACGCGGUGAUCUUCCUGCAUCGGGAGUUCUCGCUGACGCCGUUCAAUCGGGUGUUCACGCACAACCCGGACGUGAACUUCCUAGACUACUUCGACGAGCAGGGGGGGUUGCGGCCGGCGCACGCGGAGCAGGUGCUGCGCAACAAGCGGGCGUAUGAGCGGUACAUGCGCGAGGAGGAGCGGCUGCUGCUGCUGCCCUUCACGAGCGUGAACCAGUACCUGUGGUCGCUGAAGGAGGUCGCGCGGCUGCUGAACUCGAAGGGCGCGCUGUUCUACCUGGCGGCGGCGGUGUCGGACUUCUUCGUGCCGUCGUCGCGGCUGCCGGAGCACAAGAUCCAGUCGCAGGAGGGCGUAGACAGCUCGCGCGCGCCGAACGGGCAGCUGGUGGUGAAUCUGGACCCGGUGCCGAAGUUCCUGCGGCGCUUGGUGGAGUCGUGGGCGUCCCAGGCGAUGAUCGUGUCGUUCAAGCUGGAGACGAACCGCGACCUGCUGAUCCAGAAGGCGACGCAGGCCCUGGACCGCUACAAUCACCAGCUGGUGAUCGGAAACCUGCUGCAGACACGCAGCUCCGAGGUGGUGUUUGUGUCCGAGCAGAACCGCGCCGGCGAGUGGGUUCGGCUGACGGACGGCGUGAACAACAUCGAGGAGCUCAUCAUCCCGAAGGUCAUUGAGCGCCACGACGAGUGGAUCCAGUCGCAGGAGGGCCGCGCCGGGAACUAG